GAAGCCAUGGAAGAAGGAGAAGCUCCGAGCUCGCCGCCGCCGCCCGUCGGCGAUCGGCUGACCAACCCGCCGUCGUCCUCCUCCUCCUCCUCCUUCUCGUCCCUCGACGACCUCGCCUACGAGCUCUCGUCCCUCGAGGACCUCGCCAGCCGCGGCUCGUGGCGGUCCGUUCUCGACCGGGUCGCCCGCGCCCGGUCCCUCUCCCUCCUCCGCCACCCCCACGACCACCUCGCCUACCUCUCCUACAGUGCCCUCGCCCUCGCCAAGCUCCGCCGCUUCGCCGACGCCGCCGCCGAGCUCGACUCCCUCCAGGAUCUCGAGUCCCCCGAGUACAGGUACGAGUCCUACCCCGAAGUCUACCCGGGCAGGUCUGGCUCGAUGGUGCCCUUUUGCCUCCGGUGGCUGAACUGCGUGAUCCCGAUCAAGCUGGGCAGUCGCCAGGAGGGCUUGGAUCGGUUCUAUGCGCUUCUGGAUUUCGUUAGGGGGAAAUUGGAGGAGAGAAGAAUCAAGGGUUUGCCCGAGGAGGACGAGUCGGUGAGGGCUUGGAGGAGGAGGGAGGUUUCGGUGAUGAAUAGCAUUGUGGGUCAUCAUUUGAGUAAUAAGGAGUUCAGUGUGUGCUUGGAUUUGAUCAGGGAUAUGUUGAGGAGGGGUUAUUCGGAGGACCCGGUCCUGGUGUCGAGGUUGGGGUAUAUUCAGAUGCAGAUCGGGGAUUUGGAGGGCGCGAAGAGCUCAUUUAAGCAGAUCGAGGGGAUGGCAAGCGAAGGGAAGGAUCGUGGGUCAUUGAGUGAGGUUGAGUUGAAGAAUCUUGUGAACAGAAAUAAAGCCUUGGUGUAUUUGGUGGGGAAGGAUUAUGUGUCAGCUGUGAGGGAGUAUGAGGAGUGUAUCGAAAGAGAUGAUUCGGAUGUGGUGGCAAUCAACAAUAAGGCGCUUUGUUUAAUGUAUUUGAGGGACUUAUCGGAUUCGAUCAAGGUGUUGGAGAAUGCUCUUGAACGGGUUCCUACUGUUGCUUUGAAUGAGUCUCUCGUGGUGAAUCUGUGUAGUAUGUACGAGUUGGCGUAUGUUAAUCAUUCGGAUAUCAAGAAGACUUUGAGUAAUUGGAUUGCACGAGUGGCUCCGGAUGAUUUUGAUUCUUCGUGUACCAGGAUUUGAUGGGAAAGGAGGAGAAAGAAAAUCUUUUUGGGAUUAGCAAAGCAACUCGAUGGCUAUUGAAAGAACUUAAAAAGACGAUUUUUGAAUGGAUAGGCGUGGUGGAAAGGUGAAAAGUAAAGGGUGUCUUGCAUUGGAAUAGAAAGUUAACUCCCUGCAUUCAGAUGCUGACUCCAACUUUGAGGGAAUGGUUUGAUUUCCCCACGUCGUAAACCGUCUAUAUUGAUGAUGGUGAAGUUUCAAGGAAUUAUCCAAGGCUGAGUCGAGGAACAUGUUGGUUGGAUAUUACUGGCAUGGGAUCAGCAAGUGCAUCUGUGAUAUUGUUUGAGCUCAUUUAUCUUUUGUCGUGGACAAACUUUUCGAUAUUUUCCAGAACGAGGAUUGUUGAUGACAACAUAUAAUGUGUAAAGCUUGCGAAUGAAUGAUCAUGAAAAUGUCUUUUUCCCGUA